AUGGUAUCUACCCGGUACCAAGCACUUUCAGUGCACCAAUCACUUCGCCAUUCUUAUUCUUUGCAUAACUAUUUUCUCUUUUUCUCCCUGGUCUCCCUCUCUGUUACUCCCUCUUUUCACCUGUUACUUCCAUACACACACACACUCUCUCUCUCUCUCUUUGUCUCGCUUUUCUUUUCCCUCACUUCUCUCUUUCUAUUGUUGCUUUCUUUCACUUUCACUCUAAUCUUUCUUUUCAUCGUUCCGUUUUUACUUUAUUUUAGUUCUUUUCCAUCCAUCUAUCUAUCUAUCUAUCUAUCUAUCUAUCUAUCUAUCUCUUCCUUAGCGCCCCAUUCUCCUUCUCCCACAGCCUCUCGAUAUUCGUCGUUGCCCUUUUCCUCUGCACGAUCUCUCUCUUUCUUUCUUUCUCUGUGCCCUUUCUUGUUCCUCUCUUUUUCUAUUCUCUAUCUUUUUGAUCUUUCUCUCUCUCCUGUUCCUUUCCCUCCAACUCUCGCUUUCUGCUCUUUCUUUCCAUCAGCUCUCUUUCUUAUAUUAUCUCUUUCUUUUUCUCUUUUUAUACUCUAUAUCUCCCUUCAGUCAUUGCCUCUCACCAAAAUGCCCUACGUCUUUUUAUAUAUAUAUCAAGUCUAUUUCCGCCCAACACACAUACACACUCUUUCUCUUUCAUCUGUCCUACCUUCUCCCUAUGUAUCUUUAUAUUUGCUAUUCCCAUCUUUUAUUCUCUUCCUCUACAUUCUCUCUCUCUCUCUCUCUACAAGUCUUUACCCCCUACUUUCUUUCUUCCUCUUAGAAUUCACUUUUAUUCUACAGUCCUUUUCUUUAUCUCUCUCCGUUUACGCUUUCUGUUUCUCUGGACUCCGAAGCCCUCUCCAUGUAAAUGCUUUUCUCUUUCUCUCUCUCGCUCUCUCACCCACUCUUUCUGCUUUUUCUAUCACUCUCUUUGUGCCACCAAGGUUUAUUUUCUAUUACUCCCUACCCCGGCCACGACUCAAUCCAUCCAAGUCGACGGAAAUUACUGCCGACACCCGUAAUUACAUCAGCACAGUAUGCACCCGCGGCUUUCAAAUCUGUGCAUUCGAUGGAUGGUACAUUGGUGGUGCUGUGCAGUCUCUUGGGCAAGGUUUGGGGCCGUCAGUGAACGGUAUCAUUGGUGACUGGCGACUGGCAUCUGAUUAUGACUUUAAUUCUCUCUCUCUCUCUCUCUCUCUCUCUCUCUCUCUCUCUCUCUCUCUCUCUAUCUCUUUCUCUGGGGUCGAUUGGGGUAGUGUAUAUCUUUAUAUCUAUCUAUCUCAGUUUGUUGAAAUUUUUCUAUCUAUCUAUCUAUCUAUCUAUCUAUCUAUCUAUCUAUCUAUCUAUCUAUCUAUCUAUCUAUCUCAUCUGUUGAAAUUUAUCUACCUAUGUAUGUACGUAUCUAUCUAUCUAUCUAUCUAUCUAUCUAUCUAUCUAUCUAUCUAUCUAUCUAUCUGUGGGUGUGUGGGUGUUCUUGAAUCGAAUCUACAUCUGACCAGUCAGAGAACAACUCGCCGACUAGACUGUUCAUUUCUGGCAUUUUUUUUCUUUUUCUUUCAUUCUACCCCCUGCAGGUUUUACAUACGUUACUUUCAGUUCGUUACCGCCACAACAGUUGGACUAGCAGAGGUAAUGUUGCAAUUUGUUUGGUGGGUGUCUGUCUGGAGGCUUUGGGCAUCCGGCUAA